CGGUGUUCUUUCACAGAUUUCACGUCUUUUGUGGCAGUCAGAGGCAGACGUCAUCUGAUUUCGGGUCAAGCAGUCGUGCCUUUAGUGGAAUGGACUUCAGUUACUUGCUAGAUCUUGCAAAACAAAAUGAAGAACAGGCAAAGGAAGCAGUUCAAGUCAAAAGGUAUAGUACUCAGGUAUCGGCCUCGAAAAAAAUUCCUCGCUCUGGAGUUCAAUCACAAGCCAUUCGUGCUUUUUUAGAUCGUAAAGAUCAAGAAGAAAAGCAAAAACGAUUGGAAGAAAAAAAAAGAAAGAGAUGUUAUUGUCUUUGCGGGCUCAGGAUCGCAAGUCAAAUGCAAGGGUCCAAGCAAUGCUAAAAAGAACCAAGAGUGGGAAUAAGGCAGUAUUGGAUGAAGCCAAGAAUUCGCUAAAUACAGCUGUUACAGCUGCUGGUCUUGAUGUCCAACCAGAUGAAGAUGAUUACGGCUAUGUAUCUCAUGAAGCAUCUGCAGCUUAUAAAAAGCUUAUUGAUAAGUACAGUAGCACUGACACUUCCAUUGGUAGUUCACAGAAAGUACGGAGUCAUAAAGAGUUGAGCAAUGCUAAGGAUAGGGUAAAAAAUGCUCUUGACAAAAUUGAAGAGCAGGAAGGUUCAACUCAACGGAAAAAACGCACUCAUAAACCCAUAAUUUUGAAAGAAAAGGAUAACAUAGUGAAAAUUGAUAAUAAAUCCCGUAAUAAUGAUAGAGAUGUACAGAAGAAGGUGCGACCAAAGGGUCUUCCUCCAGAGGCAACUCUGAGUUUUGACCAGAUUUUGAAACUAGCUGCAGCAAAGCAGCAUGAACCAAUAAAGACUGAAAAAAAAAUAGAUCUCCCUGAAAAAAAGGAACCCGAAUCUAACCGAUUAAUGACCAAGAAAGAAAAAGAAGAUCUCAUGAGAAGGAAAGAGGAGGAACGAGAACGUCAACUACGGAAAGAAGGGAAAUUACCCCCUAUAGUGCCUGCAAGUUCUGCUCCUUCGGUACCCGUUAAAAGCAAAGAGAAGCCUGCAACCAAACCGGUUCCAUCUAAAGAACCCAUGAAAGCCCCGAGUUUAUUAAAUGGCAAAAACCUUAAACCGGCACCGAAUAUGGGUUUGAUGAACAAACCAGUUGCAAAACCCAAUGAUCAAAAGAGCUUGCCUGUUAAACCAGACAGUGUCCAGCGCCCAGGAGCAUCAAAAGUAGCUCAAAAUAAACCAGGUCCACCCCAAAUGAAGAACCAACCUCCUAAGUCCUUACCGCCACCUCAGAUGUCAAGAAUCCCGCAAGGAAAAGGAAAAUCUCUGGCGAAGCCUCCGAUUGGACCAAGUCGUCCCUUUCCACCGUAUAGAGACAUUCGCCCAGUUGAGCGUGCCUAUAAAAGAUCUAUGGAAAGUGAUGAAGAAGAAGAUUCUGAAUUAGACGAUUUCAUCGACGACGGCCCUGACGACACUGAAGAUUAUUCGAAGCACAUACAGGAUAUUUUUGGUUAUAACAGGAAUAGGUAUCGUAUCGAGAGCGACGAUGAAGAUGAAUGCAUGGAAUCUAGUUUUGCUCAGCAAAUGAAAGAAGAGUGCAUCAGUACUAAAAUCGGUAUAUUGGAAGACCUGGAACAGGAACGCCUAAUACGUGAAGAAGAAGAAGCAGAAAGGAAGAGCAAAAUGGCUUCUGCUAAGAGGGCAAAAAUUCGCAAAUGAUAAAGCGUUGGCAACACUAUAGUGCAUUUUCCCCUCUGUUAGCUCUUAUAUAAAUGCUUCCUUUUUAUCAGGAAACAUUGUAUCUACUGUGGCACGUGGUUUAAUAUCCAUCGUGUUUCCACGAAACUACGGAAUAAUAUUUUUUUCUUUUUUUUUCUUUCUAAGGGCGAUUUUGUUUUCCCCGCCAAAAUUUUGUUACUAUUUGGGAUGUGGUUCUAGUAAUGAGCUAUAACACAUCGAAGUUGACUGUUUUCAUUCUGGGAAUGACUUUAUGGUGUAAUUAUUGUGGGCCCAAUGCAAUUCCUGCGGAGAACAAUCUCGAAUCCGGCAUAUUAGCCGAAAAAAGCUAGGUCUUUGCAUUUUCAUAAUAAUGAUUCCACUUGUGUCUAAUACAAUUGGCCACGAAUAAAA